UUCACUUCCUUGCCGGAAAAAUGCCUAUCAAGACAACCAUCGCCCGCCGACGUUGAAGAUGGAUAUUAUCAACCCAUUCCUUCGCGACGCUGGUAUCAUGUCAUUCUCGACAAUCUUACUCCUAUGGCCUUGAGACUUCGCUCUCAGCAUCAUCCUCAUCAUCCCUUCGUCUCCCACAGAUCUCACCCCUCGACAAGCACAGAGCAAAAACAAGAUUAUAUUGUUACAGAAGUAGCCAUCUCAGAACUAGGAUCUGAAGACCCGAUUGACAGGAGACUUCGGAUCCUUGCAGUCAUCAAGUUGGCAUGCAUCAUCGUCCCUGUGACUAUUCUAUGUCUCUUUGGUCUUUUACACAUUGUAUCAUAUCUCUUCUAUGGCAAUCCUCUGCUUGUGGAAACAGACUUGAANUUUUUGCCAGAUUGGGGUCACACAGGAAAGAUCGGAGAUGGUCUAGCACAUUAUCCUACUGAUGCCACCCGAGAUGUUAUGCCAAUCCCUGUUCACUCACACAACGAUUACUGGAGACGGAUCCCUCUGUACGAGGCUUUGCAUUAUGGAUGCACAGGCGUUGAGGCGGAUGUGUGGCACAUUGGAGAUGAGCUGUUCGUGGGUCACAGUACCUCAUCCCUCACGCCGAACCGCACUUUCAGAAAUCUCUACGUCAACCCUCUCAUUGCAUUGUUGGACAAGCAGAACCCUCACACCUCGUUCGCCGACACCAAGAACCAUGGAGUCUUUGACGAGGACCCGGAUCAGACAUUAGUCCUGCUUGUCGAUCUCAAGACAAAGGGUCCAGACACGUUCGUAAAAGUACAGGAGCAACUUGAAGGUCUCCGAUCGAGAGGCUACCUAACCUACUUCAAUGGUACGCAUACCGUUCCCGGAGCAAUUACUGUGGUCGGAACUGGUAACACGCCUUUCGACCUCUUGACUGCCAACACAACCUACCGCGACAUUUUCUACGACGCUCCCCUUGGAAUGCUAUACGAGCCAUCACCAAUAUCACUACCCGACCUCAACACCGAUCCCGAAAUACGCAGUCUUACCGAGGUUGACAACUACCACUCCUCCUCAGCAGGACAAGGCAAAACUGGUCUACCCGCAAACACUCCCGCGUCCGCCUUCAACAACGCCACAUCCUACUACGCCAGCAUCAACUUCAANAAAUCCGUCGGUCACGUCUGGCGCGGCAGACUCUCCCAUAAACAACUAAACAUCAUCCGUGGUCAGAUCAGGGGCGCCAAGAAAGCAGGCCUCAAAGCCAGAUAUUGGAACACACCGUCUUGGCCGGUUAGUUUGCGCAACCACAUCUGGCACACGUUGGUACAGGAGGGUGUGGGUAUGCUUAAUGCUGAUGAUCUGGAGGGUGCGGCGAUUGAGGAUUGGAGACGCUGGAAGCGUGAGUGGUACGUU